UCCAUCGCAUGUCACCAGAUACCGGCAGCUAAAUUAAGUUUUGCCCCAUCCAUCGAUCGCCAUUCUAUUGAGCCCAGUACAGAUACAGAUCGUCGGAGUGAUAUAUCAUAGAAAAAUGGCCGCCGCCGCCACAUCCACCGUCUCAGGGUUGGCCGCCGCUCCCUCCCUCUCUCCGCGCAAGACAACGACAUCAUCCCUCAGCUCAGGGUUUGUGAAGGCUCCAGUCAGGGUGAGAAACCCUCUAAUGCAAGCUCAUGCAUCCGGAGGAAAAUUUACAUGCUUUGAGAGAGACUGGCUGAGAACAGAUCUGAACGUGAUUGGGUUUGGACUGAUCGGGUGGCUGGCGCCAUCGAGCGUUCCGGCGAUAAAUGGCAACAGUCUGACGGGGCUUUUCUUCCAAAGCAUUGGAUCUGAGCUCUCUCACUUCCCCACCGGCCCUGCUCUCAGUUCUCCUUUCUGGUUGUGGAUGGUAUGCUGGCACCUGGGGUUGUUCUUGUGCCUGACUUUUGGGCAAAUUGGCUUCAAAGGCAGGACUGAGGAUUACUUUUAAGCUGGCAUAUAUAUAUGCUUAUCCUCCUGCUUUAUUUUCUUUUCUUUUCCUUUUUAUGUGUGACCUAUCAUGUAUUAUAACAUCCCUUUCUAUUUAGUAGUUUCUCAACGUCUGCUAUUUCUCAAA